UUUGGCCGGAUCAGAUUGUUUACGUUCCUCUCGCCAGCAUCAUUCCACAAUGUCCAAAAAAUACGGUCUAAUUGAACGUGGCACCGACUCCGGUCCGGUAAAGAAACAUGCAGCCUUCGCAAGUGAUUCCGAUUCCGAUGACGCCGGUACCAGCAAGGUAAGCAUCGAGCUGGGUGCAGUACAGAAGCGGCAAGCACAAGCGAUGCAGCAAAAGGCAGUCGAAGAAGAUCCAACCAUUUACCAGUACGAUGAGCUGUACGACGAUAUGGUAGAGCAGAGGGAGAAAAGCUCAGCCCAAGCGAAGGAACAAACGGUCGACCGGAAACCGAAGUACAUUGGCAAGCUGAUGGAAACGGCGGAACGGCGAAAGAAGGAACAGGAGCGUCGUAUCGAACGGCAGGUACAAAAGGAGCGUGACGCGGAGGGUGAAAAAUUCAAGGAUAAGGAAUCGUUCGUCACGUCCGCUUAUCGUGCCAAGUUGGAAGAGAUGAAGAAGCUGGAGGAGCAGGAGAAGCGUGAAGAGUACCUGGAAACGAUCGGUGAUGUGACGAAACAAUCGGAUUUGGGUGGAUUUUAUCGUCACAUUUACGAGCAGAAAGUAAAGGAUGAAGCUGUUAAGGAAGAGGUGAAGGAAGAGAAGGUAGGUCGUAAGGAUUCAGCCAGGUCGUCUAGUGAAGAGCGUGUGGAAAAGCGUGAGGAAAAGCGUGAUGAGCGACCAAAGCCAUCGAAUCAGCGGGAGCGUAAAUAUCGCAAGCGAAAGUCGGACGAUGAAAAUGACGACCAAACGGAGGAUCGUGAACCAACGGAAAGGACACAUUUGCAAUCAAAUCUAGACGCGGAUUCAGAUUUUAGCAUCGAUUCGGACAGUAGCGAUAGUUCUGAGAGUGAGGAAGAUGAUAAAAACAAGAGCGAGAGCGCAGAAGACGUUAAGGAAACGAAUGGCCACACAAAGUCGGCGGAUACUUCGAAGGACUUGCCUUCAGAAACGGAACCAAAGGAAGAUACAGAAGAACCGGAAAUUAAAAAGCCCAAACCACCACCGAUCGACAUCUGGAAGAAGCGUACCGUGGGUGAUGUGUUUGAAGCAGCCCGUCAACGUUACUUCGAACGACGCCAGAUGCAAGAAUCCUGCUAA